AGCUUCUACGCGCGUGGCGGAUCGAUCGCCUAUCGAUGUCAUGGGGUCCUGGCUAUAGCAGUACUAGUAACACAUUGAGCACAUGGUGCAUCGGUGUCUCCAUCCAUCAUAUCUCUCGGGCUCAGGUUGUGCCUGUGUUUGCGCGCGAGUGAAUGCACAUAAGUAGGAAGUUACUAUAUACUAUUCUUACUGGAAGAGGCUAAAGCUAGUAAGUACUGGACUGGCUCGAACGUCAACGGGAGUCUGUUGACCGUAACCAUAUUACAUGCACUUUGGCUUCGUAUCACCAUUUGCGCCUGAACCCGACUAGUGCAAACACCUUGCCAUGCAUGCACAAACCAUGAUGCAUAAUGCGUGAUAUACAUAGGCAACGCUUGAUCCAUCAUAUAUAUAUAUAUAUAUAUAUCGUAUCCAUCUACCCCCAGUUUGGGCUAGUACGUGUCAUACAUACUCUCUCACGCCACGAUGAUCUCCUACUCCCUAGCGCUGGUAGCCUGAUUAUAAUCGUAUCUGGCUUUGGCAAAGCUAUCAUCUCUUUGGUUCCUUCUUUGUCUCUGGCUAUAGCAGCACUGCGAUAAUAUCGCGCUUCCACACCACAAGACCCGUUCUUGUUGUGCGCAUGACUCCAUAGCUAUACUGCGGUAGUAGUAGGGUAGUAGCUACCACGCGUAACCCAAAAACGCAGGUGGCAUGUCACACGCGAGAUAUAUACUUGUUGUGUGUGUGUGUACAUAUAUGAUGGACGUGGCCAUGCAUGUUUUGCAAUUCAUGCCAGUUUUACGGGUACUGAUACUUAGUCGAUCACACGAUCAUAUAUACACAUAUAGAAGCUCGUUAAUAUUCUUGUG